CCCACUUUCUUUCGUUGCAUUUUCUCUAUUCUUCUUCUUCCUCCUACUUUCGUUCCUCAUUUUUUCCCAAGCGCGCCGUGAGGCUCUUCGACCCGAAAUCUGAACCCGAAUUCGGUUUCAAUCUCAGAGAGAGAGAGAGAGAGAGAGAGGGAGAGAGAGAAACACUGACCUAGCUCGCAGAAUCGACAACCACUUCGCACUCUUCAAUCGCAUUCCGUAAUCGACCAGAUCUGAGUGUGAAAUCUAAGGAAUUGUAUUGCUGGUUUCCUUGCUAAUGGCUGCCACAGCAACUGUGUCUUUGAUGGGUCCGAGGUAUGCACCACCAGACCCAACACUCCCUAAACCAUGGCGGGGUCUUGUGGAUGGCAAGACUGGGUAUCUUUACUUUUGGAAUCCUGAGACUAAUGUCACCCAGUAUGAGAGGCCAUCCUCAAGCUCAGCUUCCCAGUCAAAGUUUUCUUCAGUGCCCAGCUCUUCUGUCCAGGUUCAACAAUCAUCUCAAGGGUCGCAACGUGGUCGUAGUCCUGAUUUCAGUGAUAGGUAUGAUCGAAAUGGCACUGGUGGGUCAAAUGACGCCGGAUCCCGGAACAAUCAGAGUUCCAAAGGGGGAAGUUAUACUUCUCAUGAUGUUUCAAAUGGAACAAAUGUUGCUGGCAAUGGUAAUUCUUCUGUCAGAGGUCAUGGGGCUUCAGAUGCUGGAGCUGGACUAUCUGCUGAGUCUUAUCGACAUCGGCAUGAAAUAUCUGUGACUGGAGACAAUGUGCCUCCACCGCUUGCAUCAUUUGGGUCAACUGGCUUUCCAUCUGAGCUUCUGAGAGAGGUACAAAAUGCUGGGUUCUCAGCCCCAACUCCAAUUCAGGCACAGUCAUGGCCCAUUGCUCUUCAAGGUAGAGAUAUAGUUGCCAUUGCUAAAACAGGCUCAGGGAAAACCUUGGGAUAUUUAAUUCCAGCAUUUAUUCACCUCAAGCGCUCUGGUAAUAACUCCAAAAUGGGCCCCACUGCAUUGGUACUUUCACCAACAAGGGAGUUGGCAACACAGAUACAAGAUGAAGCCAUGAAGUUUGGGAAAUCAUCUAGAAUUUCAUGUGCAUGUUUGUAUGGAGGAGCACCAAAGGGUCCUCAACUGAGAGACAUUGAUCGUGGAGCAGAUAUUGUGGUAGCCACUCCUGGUCGCUUGAAUGAUAUUCUUGAGAUGAGAAGAAUUAGUCUUAAUCAGGUUUCUUACCUGGUGCUAGAUGAGGCAGACAGGAUGCUGGAUAUGGGUUUUGAACCUCAAAUUAGGAAAAUUGUGAAUGAGGUGCCCAAUCGCAGGCAAACUCUAAUGUUUACUGCAACAUGGCCAAAGGAGGUUAGGAAAAUUGCAGCUGAUCUGCUAGUCAAGCCUGUCCAGGUGAACAUUGGGAAUGUAGAUGAGCUUGUUGCUAACAAGUCUAUUACUCAGCAUGUUGAAGUAUUGCCACCAAUGGAGAAACAAAGACGGCUGGAACAUAUUUUGCGGUCACAGGAUCAAGGAUCAAAGAUAAUUAUUUUUUGUUCUACCAAGAAAAUGUGUGAUCAACUUGCUCGUAAUCUGACACGUCAUUUCGGAGCUGCUGCUAUUCAUGGGGAUAAAUCCCAGGCUGAGAGGGAUCAUGUGUUGAGUCAGUUUCGAACUGGGAGGUCUCCUGUGCUAGUGGCCACAGAUGUUGCUGCUCGGGGACUGGAUAUCAAGGACAUUAGGGUGGUUGUCAAUUAUGACUUCCCUACAGGAGUGGAAGAUUAUGUUCAUAGGAUUGGAAGGACUGGAAGAGCUGGAGCCACUGGGCUAGCUUACACUUUCUUUGGUGACCAGGAUGCUAAAUAUGCUUCAGAUCUCAUCAAAGUCUUGGAAGGUGCAAACCAGAAGGUACCUCCAGAACUUCGUGAUAUGUCAUCACGGAGUGGUGGUGGGAUGGGUAGAUCCAGACGAUGGGGUUCUGGGGGACGAGGUGGACAUGGUGAUUCUGGAUAUGGUGGAAGGAAUAAUGACUCUGGAUAUGGUGGAAGAGGUAAUGAUGCAGGAUAUGGUGGAAGAGGCAGUGAUUCUAAUUAUGGAGGGAGGGGGACUGCUGCUUCUGGCAGAGGUGGAGGCCGUGGGUUUGACCAUGACUCCCAGAGGAAUGAUAGGGGUCGGAGCCCAGACAAGGGAUCUAGUUGGAGUGAUCGCUUCAAAAGCGUCAACCGGGAUCGCAGUCGUAGUCCUGACAGGGCUGCACUACCUCAACAUUCCCAAGGUGGCAGCUUUCACAAGGCAAUGAUGGAACGUGGUGGUGGUGGUGGUGGUGAUCGCAAUAAGAGCUUUAACCGGGACCGAAGCCGCAGUCCUAGCCCUCAUAGACAGGAGAAGUGCCCAGCGGUUCGAGAUCGUUCCCCAGUUUACAGUUUUCAUCAAUCAAUGAUGGGACGAGGUCAGUCAUCCCCUUCAUCUCAACGGCAGCGUGCACGCAGUCCUCACCGAAACUCACCCCCCUCCCAGGGUGAUGGAAGAUAUGGUGGAUCUCAUUCAUCUUACAAUGGAGAAGUGGAGGAAGGGAUGAUUCCCGAGGAAGAAGGAAUGAUUGGUCAAGAUGAUCCCGUAAAUGUCAAUUAGGAUUUUGGCUAUCCUGAGACCAUUUACAUAUAAAUAUGCCAAGGUUGUUUUGGUCUUCUUACAUAAUGUGGAAGGGCAUUGUUAUUUGAACACGAGCAAGUUAGGAGGAUAUGGUAGUGGAAUUCAUGGCAAAUGUAUAUUUUGAGGGGCUUUGUAGAAGCCUGGAAAUGGCAUAGAUGAACCUAGUAAGUAAAGAAUAUUGUGGGUUUUGUUUGUUAUUUUUGGUAAAACUCGACUUUAUAUGGAGACGGGUUCUUUGUUCCCAUACAAUCAAAAAAGAAAUUAUUCAGCUACUAUAAUUAAAAUGUUGUAUUCCUCCACUUUUCUGAGUGGCAGCAUGU